GCGCGCCGUCCGCCCGGUCCAGCGUCCCCGGACCCCCGAUCGGUCACCAUGUCCAGCGAGGAGCUGGCGCGCAAGCUGCGGCGCCGGUUGUGGCUCGAGGAGGCGGCGGAGGGCGGCCGGGGCGACCCCCAGCCCUCACCCGUCGCGGCCGCGGUCCCGGAGCCGCCGGCCCGAGAGCUGCCCGCCAGCGCGGACGCCGAGCUGAGCGCGCAGCUGAACCGGCGUCUGGACAUCGCCGAGGGCGCGGCGCGGCCCCGCCGCUGCCGGGUCUUCAACCCCUACACCGAGUUCCCAGAGUUCAGCCGGCGUCUCAUCAAGGACCUGGAGGGCAUGUUCAAACUGUAUGACGCAGGACGGGACGGCUUCAUUGACCUGAUGGAGCUGAAGCUGAUGAUGGAGAAGCUGGGGGCCCCCCAGACCCACCUGGGUCUGAAGAGUAUGAUCAAGGAAGUGGACGAGGACUUUGAUGGCAAGCUGAGCUUCCGGGAGUUCCUGCUUAUUUUCCACAAGGCUGCAGCCGGGGAGCUGCAGGAGGACAGCGGGCUGAUGGCACUGGCCAAGCUCUCUGAGAUCGAUGUUGCCCUGGAGGGUGUCAAAGGUGCCAAGAACUUCUUUGAAGCCAAGGCCCAGGCCUUGUCAUGUGCCAGCAAGUUCGAAGCAGAGUUAAGAGCAGAGCAAGAUGAGCGGAAACGGGAGGAGGAGACCAGGAGGCUCCGCCAAGCAGCCUUCCGGGAGCUCAAGGCUGCUUUUAGCACAUAGUCCUGCUAUUUUUCCACUCUUCAGUCCUGAGCUACUCAACUGUAAGAAUGAAAGCAUUGCUAGAAGUAACAUUAGUCAAAGGAUUCCUGUUAACUCCGACUAUGCAAACCACCUCACAGCAGAUCCUGACAUUCUCAAGUCAAACACCCAGGUCUUCUCUGAUCCCAGAAAUCAUGGCCAUCCACCUCAUCAGGUGUUUCCAGCGCCCUCUCCAAGGUGCUGACAUAAAGAUGUUCCCACCCUCAGGACAGCUUUUUGUAUCUUGUGAGUUUUCGGGAUUUCUGACAAACAUCAAGGGUUUGUUGUAUUUUUUAAAACAGAAACAUUUCCUAAUGUCAUAUUUAUUACUUCUCUUUUGUAAUUGCAAUCUUUAUAAUAAAGAAAACAUCUGUCUUUCUAUCUUACAGCCAUUUCCUUUUAAAUAAAAUGUGCAAAUGAACCUGGCCUUCA